AUGAAGCUUCUAGUUCCACUUGCAGCCCUCUUGCUCUUAGUCGCUGAGCCAACUUGCUCAGCACCCACGCAGGCCCCAAGUAAUCACUCAAUCACUAUCAAUUCCGAAGUUAUCCAAAUUCCGGAUUCAAUCGCGAGAUCUUUGCAGCUGGAAAAUGAUUCUGCUCUUGUAGAAGAUCAAAGAUAUGGCCCAAUUGAACUAAAUUUCUGGCACAAGGUAAAGCACGCAAUCGAUAAAGGACUCAAAAAGCUUGGUGAUACGAUAAUUGAUGGGCUCGCUGGAUCGAUUAUUGGAUGAAUAAAUUACGUUGAAAAUGAAUUUAAUAAAUGGUGAAAUUUU